AUGACUGUCCAGCAAGCUACCCUGGAGUCUGCCGCUCUCGCCGUUUUUGCUGCCGCGAAGAAGAUUUUGGGAGAUGAAGCAAUACCCUCAAAGGCUGUUAUUGUUGGUGGAGCAGCGCUUUGGCACCUGACCCGACACCGUCCCACUGCCGAUAUCGAUAUCUGGUUGACUGGACCGAUGAAGCCCCGAACGUUGAAGCGAGCAAUCCCGACGGUCGACCCAGCCUUCCGCCUCAACAUGGAGGCUAUUCAUGGCGUGACCUACCAAUGCCCCUCAUCACGUACCGUCGUGCCCGUUGACUUUGUCAACAUCAAAUCCACCCCUUUCGUCCCUCGAAGCGCUAUCAUCAGCAAGCUGGGAGACAACGAGCUGCCCUGGGCCGAUAGAGAUGAUAUCGUUGCCCUGAAGGCGUAG